AGCGGACGGACGGGCGGGCGUUGCCACUGCCUAGAGCAGAGGCUGGAGGGGCGGUGCGGACUUGUGGUUGCACCGUGGUGAAUAGAGCAGCUCAGGGACGGUGCUGCUCCGAUCCAGGGACUCUGAACAAGUUGACGGUGGCAGCGAGAGCGGGAGGGCGCCGGGCACAGAAAAAUGCGAGGCAGCGAAGCGUGGCCGGUUGGCUGGCGGCUCCUCAUUCACGUACUUCUGCUCUCCUUCGCUGUUGUAAAUGCAUCGAGGGUUUUGGAUGAAGUCCCAAUCCCAUUGGAUUCGGAGUUGCAUCAGAGUCACCAUAGAGAGAAGAGGUUGUACUCACUAACAUCAGACGAUGAGGACCUUACUGUGUCUGCUGAAGGCAGUGCUGAUUUUGAAGAGGGCAGCACACCAGAUAUGUUCAAUUACACCACAGAACAUUUUCCAACAACUCCACAGGGAAAGAAAACAGUUUACUACCGGGUGUUGGUGAACUUCACAAAUUCAAUCGAGUACACUUCAGAACUGGAAGAUUUUGAGUCUGCAUCUUUCAGAGAAAUAUCUGAAGGAAUCAUAGACACGCUUGAAUCUGAAUUCUACAGGAUCUCAGGAGACCAGUCAGUCACUGUGGUGUGGAUUAGAGAAGUGGGCAAAAGUGUGAUCGUGGAGUUGGAUGUGGGAUCUGAUGGCAACAGCGACGAUGUGGAGAUAAAAGAUGUGGUGUUCUCGGCUGUUAAAAGUGGAUCCAUUGGCCCUUAUGAAACGUCACUUCAAGGCUUCUCAUUCCGGCACCUUGGUGAAGAGAUCAUAUCAUCACCUCGCCCAUGCCAGUCCAAUGAAUUUUCCUGUGGGUCUGGUGAGUGCGUCCCUCUUGAUUAUCGCUGUGACAUGAGAGCAGACUGCAGUGAUAUGUCUGAUGAAGACAACUGUGCAGAAACAACUGAUGCCAUUCCCACUCCUCCGAUUGUCCAGCCAGUCGGACCAGAAGACACCACGUCUGUGCUUGUCAUCACCAGACCUGACAGGCCAGUGCAGAUUCCUACAGUUUCUGCACCAAUUACUGCAGCCACUUUUAUGAGACCCUGUUCAAUAGACAAGGCUGUGUGCCAGAAUGGUCAGUGUAUCCCCAGGGACUAUCUGUGUGAUGGUGAAAAAGACUGCAGCGAUGGCAGUGAUGAACUAGAUUGUGGAACACCAUCACCAUGUGAGCCUAAUGAGUUCAAGUGCAAGAAUGGUCGCUGUGCUGUCAAGUUGUGGCGCUGUGAUGGUGACAAUGAUUGUGGGGACAACUCUGAUGAGGAAUACUGUCCUACCAGAGGGCCUGGGGACAUGUGUGCCCCUGAGCAGUUUGUCUGUGUGUCCAACCGGUUGUGUAUUCCUGCCAGCUACCAAUGCGAUGAGGAGGCCGACUGCCCUGAUCGCUCAGAUGAAUUUGGAUGCACCCCUCCUCAGGUGAUCACACCACCAGAAGAAACAGUGAUGGUGAAGCGUGGUGCCACCGUCACCCUCACCUGCGUGGCGGCUGGAGUCCCCACCCCCAUCAUCACCUGGAGGCUAAAUUGGGGUCACAUCCCUGCCAGCAGCAGAGUUACAAUGACAAGUCAAAACGGACAGGGCACGCUGAUCAUUCGGGAUGUCAAAGAAUCUGACCAAGGGGCGUACACCUGCGAGGCUAUCAAUGCCAGAGGGAUGAUUUUUGCAAUCCCUGAUGCACUACUUGUUCUGAAAUCCAACUCAGGAUUCUGUUCAGAAGGUCACUUCAAUGUGGAAGGUACACUGCAAUGUAUUCCCUGUUUCUGCUUUGGUCUUACGAAAAACUGUGUUCCUACAAGUCGCUACAGAGACCAGAUACAUCUUCGUUUUACAGAAGAAGAUAAUUUUAUGGGUGUGAAUGUGACGGUGCCGACCCAGCCAGCAACACUUCCGCUCUCCACCUCCCAAAUGGUGGUGGACCCCAACUACGGAGAGUUUCAGCUCGUCGAUCUUUCAAGACGCUUCCUCAACCAGGAGACUUUCUGGAUUCUGCCAAAGCAGUUUUUGGGAAAUAAGAUCGAUUCUUAUGGUGGUUACCUGCACUACAAGGUUCGCUACAGUGUGCCGAGAGGACAAGUGGAGUCUGAAGUAAAACCCGAUGUCAUUAUAACAGGAAAUGGAAGAAAAUUAAUCUACAAAGACAAGAAACCUACUCAGCCCAAUAUCAUCAAUCAGAAAGAAAUUCUCUUCACUGAGGAUCACUGGCAGCAUGAGUCAGGCACUGCAGUUACCCGGGAAGACCUCAUGAUGACUUUGGCUAAUCUGGACAGCAUUCUUAUUCGAACAAAGUAUGACAACAGGAUGGCCAGUGUCGGCCUGAGUGACAUUGUCAUGGAUACCACCAGUGUGGAGUUCACAACCCUGGGAAAACCACUACUUGUUGAGGAAUGCAGAUGCCCUCAGAGUUACAUGGGUCUUUCCUGUGAGAGCUGUGCCUCUGGAUUUAAUCGUAUUGCCACAGGCUCGUACCUCGGUGUAUGUGAUGGCUGCAGCUGCAAUGGUCAUGCUAGCACCUGUGACAAGGUUACUGGGUACUGUCUGAACUGCCAGCAUAACACAGAGGGCCCACAGUGUGACAAGUGCAAACCAGGGUUUUUUGGCAAUCCCACCCGAGGAACUCCCAAUGACUGCAUGCCCUGCCCCUGCCCAUUCAUUGAAUCCAACAGCAGGUUUUCAGACAGCUGUUUCCUGGACACAGACGGGCGUCCCACCUGUGAUGCCUGUCGGACUGGCUACGCUGGGCGACGAUGUGAAACUUGUGCUGCUGGUUACACUGGAAACCCACUGGCUCCAGGUGGAAAAUGCACGCCAAGUGCAGGUGAAAUUGCAAAGUGUGACCCCAAGGGAACUGACUUCACAAAUCAAUUGGAAGGAUAUUGUGUGUGCAAGCCCAAUGUUGUUGGAAGAUUAUGUAAUGAAUGCAAAAAGGGAUCCUUCAAUUUAGAUGACUCUAAUGUGGAUGGCUGCCUGAAAUGUUUCUGCAUGGGGAACAGCAAAGACUGUGCCAGUUCAUCUUGGCACAGAGACCAGGUGCGGGGAGGUUUUGAUGCCCAGAAGCAGAGUCUUUAUGCAUUGAGCAAUAUGGCAGACACUCGUAGGACGUCUGAAGGAAUUCAGUUCAGUGCUUCAAAUGAGCUGACUUUUACAGCUUUUGCCACGAUCCCUCGAGACAUCUACUACUUAGUUCUGCCUGAGCAUUUUAAAGGUGAUAAGGUUACUUCCUAUGGAGGGAAAUUACAAUACACCGUCCUACACAGGAUCUCGCCUGGUGCCUCACUUGUCACCGGACUCCCGGAUGUAAUUCUACGAGGCAACAACAUAUUCCUGGAGCACUACACCAGGAGACCGGAACAGGGUGUACACACCACCAUUACAGUCCCCUUUAAAGAAACGGAAUGGCGCCGUGCGGAUGGACAACCUGCCACCAGAGAACACUUCCUAAUGGCUUUGGCUGAUAUUAAGCUUUUGAUGAUCCGAGCAAGUUAUUCUGAAGGAACAACUGAGGCGAGGAUUUCCCAGAUCCUUAUGGAUGUUGCAGUCCCACAUUCCACUGGGCAAAAACAAGCUGUAGAGGUUGAGGAAUGUGUCUGCCCAGAAGGCUACAGAGGAUCAUCGUGCCAGGAAUGUGACGUUGGCUACGUACGGAAAGCAAGUGGCCUUUACCUGGGGACCUGCGAGCGUUGUGGUUGCAAUGGUCAUUCCGACUGUGAUUUUCAGACGGGAAAAUGCCUGGUAUGCAAACACAACACCCAGGGCCAAAGCUGUGAGCAGUGUAUGCCGGGUUUCUAUGGUGAUGCCACAAUUGGAAGGCCAGACGACUGUCAACCUUGCCCCUGCCCAGGAACAACCACCUCAAAUCAGUUUUCAUCGACUUGUUUCUUGGACUCAGAUGGAAAGCCAACGUGUAAUAAUUGCCCAAGUGGCUUCGGAGGCAGGAACUGUGAAAGAUGUGCUCCAGGAUACACUGGGAAUCCCGUAUUUGGGGAACAUUGCAUCAUUGCAGACCGUUGUACUUGUGACUGGAGAGGCAGCACUGAAACUCAAUGUGAUGCUGUUGGAAGCUGCCCAUGCAAGCCUAACGUGGAAGGGAAGACCUGUGACAGCUGCAAACAUGGUUAUUUCUUCCUGAGUGCAGACAACAGAGAAGGAUGCCUGCCUUGCUUCUGUAUGGGGGUGAUCCAGAAAUGCAGCAGCUCCUCGUACUACAGGAAACUGGUCACCAGCCCAUUUAUUCCACCAAAUAACUUCCAGAACUUCUCCUUGGUGAGCCGCCAGCGCAGUACACACAUCAACUCUGGAUUCACGGUGACUGUGAGGGAGGGCCAGCCACAGCUCUCUUUUGGACGUUUUGGGCAGUACACCCAGGAGUCCUACUAUUGGCAGCUUCCAGAAGCAUUUCAAGGGGACAAGGUGACAUCCUAUGGUGGACUGCUUCGAUAUACCCUGUCCUACGACUCGGGGUUCCGGGGUGCCUCAGCCGAGGAUGCGGAUGUCCAGAUCAUUGGUAAUGACAUCACAUUAGUCACCCACCACACUCACCAGCUGCAGCCGGGAGAGACCAGGACCUUUGAAGUCAUGUUCAAAGAGCAAUUCUGGAAACGUCCGGAUAAGCAGCCUGCCACCAGGGAGCACCUGCUGAUGGUCCUGGCCGAUCUGGAUGAAGUUCUCAUCCGAGCCACCUAUUCGACAGAGAUGAUCUCAGCCAGCCUGUCUGAUGUGAGCAUGGAGAUUGCGGUGCCCUACCACACCGGCCUAGCACUGGCCCGAGAGGUGGAGGAAUGUCACUGUCCACCAGGCUACCACGGCUUGUCUUGUCAGGACUGUGCACCUGGUUACACAAGGACUGGAGGAGGUCUGUACCUGGGACACUGUGAGCGGUGCGACUGUAAUGGACACUCAGACACUUGCCAUCCGGAGACUGGUGCUUGCAUGAACUGUUUACAUAACACUGCUGGGGAGUUCUGUGCUCACUGCGCGCCUGGGUAUUAUGGUGAUGCCACAACCAGAACUCCAGGGGAUUGCCAACCCUGUGCUUGUCCUCUGACGAUCCCAGAAAACCAGUUCUCACCCAUCUGUGAGAGCAAUGGUGUGGGUGGUUACACGUGUUCAGCCUGUCUACCAGGCUACACUGGGCAGCACUGUGAAAGCUGUGCUCCUGGGUAUACUGGAAAUCCUGGAAUUCCAGGACAGAGGUGCCUUCCGAUUGAUCACAAUCCUUUCGUGGUUAGUGUCAUCCCUCCGAGAGUGGAAGUGGAACAGGGUGGCACAGUGAGUCUGAGGUGCCAGGUCAUUGGCCAAGCUCCUUUCUACUACUACUGGAGCAGAGCUGACGGUCGGGCCCUGUCCAGCCGCGUUCAGCAAAGAGGCCAAGGAGAAGAACUUUUGAUCCAUGAAAUCAAUCCAUCUGAUGCUGGGAUUUAUAUAUGUACAUGCCGAAAUUUAGAGCGCACCAAUUCAAGUCAGGUUGAAGUCAUUGUUUCUGCCCCUUCUUUCAAAGCCAUAACUGUGACAGUGGAAGAACCAAAGACACAGACUGUGAUAACUGGCGUCACUGUCAGUUUCAUCUGCACAGCAAAGAGUCAGUCCCCAGCAUACACACUAGUGUGGACCCGUCAGCUUGGAGGUAAACUGCCAAGCACUGCAGUGGACUUCAAUGGAAUCUUGACCAUACGUAACGUUCGUCCAGAGGAUGCUGGCGUAUAUGUCUGCACGGGCUCCAACAUGCUUGCAAUGGACGAAGGCACUGCUGUCCUACACGUGUCAGCUACAUCACAGAUCCAGUUUCAGGCAUUUGAAACAGUAGGAUACAGUCAACCAACAGCACCUGUAGCCACCAUCGAACCUACCAUCCUUAGAGUUAAACAGGGACAAACUGCUGAAUUCCGAUGCACUGCAACUGGGAAUCCUCCUCCCACCUUGGAAUGGUUCGGAGGUCAAGGUAAUAUUAUUUCACCAAAUGCAGUAAUUCAGGGUGGACUCCUCCGUAUCGUCGCUACAGAGCAUUCCGAUGAAGCAGAGUAUUCUUGCAAAGCAUCAAACAGUGCUGGACACCACAUCGCCACAACAAUUCUCUAUGUGCAAAGUGUUGGUAACGUGCCUCAGGUACAAGUCAGUCCCCAGCGGGUCGAGGUCCCGGAGGGUGAUACAGUAAGGUUGUACUGUCGAGCAGGAGGACAUCCUUCACCAACACUCACAUGGAAGAAACAUGGAGGAGAACUACCACCCCAGGCCAAGAUUGAACAUGCUAACAUUGGGAGUCUCAUUAUCCCCUCGAUCACGGCUGCCCAAGCCGGUGUCUACCUGUGUGUGGGAACCAAUGUGGUGGGCUCCUCGGAAGGUCGCAUCGAAGUCACAGUCUUUGCCUCUCAAGGAUCUGUGCCCUUGGUUCGCAUUCAUCCUUCCCCUGCCACAGUAGCUGAGGGAGGGAAGCUGGAGUUAUUCUGUCAAGCGACCGGAGACCCUCAGCCUAAGAUCGCCUGGCGCAGGUCCCAUGGCUAUCUGACCUCCAAUCACCAGGCUCACGGCCCCAUGCUGCGCAUCCGACAAGCAAGCCGCGCUGAUGCCGGGGAUUACAUCUGUCACGCUGAGAACAGCCUUGGGAUGCAGGAUGUGGCAGUGUCUGUUUCAGUCACACCUGCUGCUUCACCAGGAAGAACUGUGCCGACAGUGAGGGUUUACUCCUCUCCGAGCACUGUGACCGAGGGAGAAAUGCUGGAGUUGCACUGCCAGGUCACAGGUUAUCCACAGCCCAGGAUCACGUGGCACAGGGCAGGCGGCUCUCUGACAGCCAAUCACCAGGUCCAGGGUUCUGUGCUGCGCAUCCUGCACAUGAUGCCUUCUGACAUCGGGGAUUACAUCUGCCGUGCUGAAAAUAUCCAUGGAUCACGGGAGGUCAAAUUCGCUCUCUCUGUCACCACCUCACCCUCACAAAGUCGACCCCCGACUGUGAUGGUUUACCCCUCUCCUACCUCUGUAACUGAGGGAGAAACAGUGGAGUUACACUGCCAGGUCACAGGACAACCACAGCCCAGGAUCACAUGGUACAGGACAGGCAGUUCUCUAACCAGCAAUCACCAGGUGCAGGGUCCUAUGCUGCGCAUCCUUCACAUGACUCCCGCUGACACCGGGGAUUACAUCUGCCGUGCUGAAAACGUCCUUGGAAUGCAGGAGGUCAAAUUCUCUGUCUCCAUCACUUCAACAUCACAAAGUCGGCCCCCGACUGUGAUGGUUUACCCCUCUCCUACCUCUGUAACUGAGGGAGAAACAGUGGACUUACACUGCCAGGUCACAGGACAACCACAGCCCAGGAUCACAUGGUACAGGACAGGCAGUUCUCUAACCAGCAAUCACCAGGUACAAGGACCUGUGCUGCGCAUCCUUCACGUGACUCCUGCUGACACUGGGGAUUAUAUCUGCCGUGCCGAAAAUGUUCUUGGAAUGCAGGAAAUCAAAUUUUCUGUCUCCAUCACUUCGACGUCACAAAGUCGACCCCCGACUGUGAUGGUUUACCCCUCUCCUACCUCCGUAACUGAGGGAGAAACAGUGGAGUUACACUGCCAGGUCACAGGACAACCACAGCCCAGGAUCACAUGGUACAGGACAAGCAGUUCUCUAACCAGCAAUCACCAGGUUCAGGGUCCUGUGCUGCGCAUCCUUCACGUGACUACUGCUGACACUGGGGAUUACAUCUGCCAUGCCGAAAAUGCUCUUGGAAUGCAGGAGGUCAAAUUCUCUGUCUCCAUCACUUCGACAUCAGAAAGUCGGCCCCCGACUGUGAUGGAUUACCCUUCUCCUACCUCUGUAACUGAGGGAGAAACAGUGGAGUUACACUGCCAGAUCACAGGACAACCACAGCCCAGAAUCACAUGGUACAGGGCAGGCAGCUCUCUAACCAGCAAUCACCAGGUGCAGGGUCCUGUGCUGCGCAUCCUUCACAUGACUUCCGCUGAUGUUGGGGAUUACAUCUGCCGCGCUGAAAACAUCCUUGGAAUGCAGGAGGUCAGAUUCUCCGUCUCCAUCACUUUGACAACACAUGGAACAGCUCCCAAAGUGAGGGUUUACUCCUCUCCUGACAAAGUAACAGCCGGAGAAAUGCUGGAGUUACACUGCCAGGCCACGGGACAACCAGAACCUAGGGUCACAUGGUACAGGACAGCUGGUCAUCUAACAACCAAUCACCAGGUGCAGGGUCCUGUGCUACGCAUCCUUCGCGUGAGUCCCGCUGACACCGGGGAUUACAUCUGCCGCGCCGAAAACACCCUUGGAAUGCAAGAGGUCAAAUUCUCUCUCUUGGUCAGCUCCACAUCAUCCUACUAUGAAGGUGCACCGAUAGUGAGGGAGCGGCCCACACCCACCUCAGUAAGAGAAGGAGGCAUGCUGGAGCUACAUUGCCAGAUCACAGGGCAGCCAGAGCCCAUGAUUACUUGGUACAAGUUGGCAGGUUCUCUCACCGAUAGACACCUGGUGGAGGGUUCAGUACUGCGGAUUCUGCAGGUGACUCCUGAGGAUGUUGGGGAUUACAUCUGCCGCGCCGAAAACAUCUUUGGAACGGAGCAACUGACGUUUCUGGUCUCACUCAUCUCCACAACAUCCAGGGACCAAUUACCUGUUAUAAUGCCCGGGCCACAGGAUGUUACAGAAAUCGAAGGCAAUGAUGUGACCCUUCAGUGUCACGUUUCGGAGGGAGCUCGGCCAUUCACGAUAGAGUGGAAAACACCUCAUCAACACCAACCAGACAAUAUAAAGAUCAGUGGCGAUGGCUCUGUCAUAACCAUCAGUAGGAUUCGCCAACAAGACCAAGGCCAGUACAAAUGUGUGGCUCGCAAUCGGUUUGGAUCAGCAUUCAGAAUAACGACCCUGGUCGUACAAGGGUUUCCCACUGUGUCCAUCUCUCCCCAAGGUCCAGUCCGGCUAGGUGUGGGUAAUUCCAUCACACUGGAAUGUGUAGGUAUGGGAGAGCCUCGUCCUACAAUAAGCUGGCAUCGGGUUAAUGGCAGGACAAGGAACAACUUGGGGAGACAGGUGCUAAAGGAAGGCGAUCCCAUCCUGACAAUUUCUUCUGCCCGGCUGCAGGAUUCUGGAAUCUACUCCUGCAGGUCCACGAAUAUGUUUGGAAAAGCAGAAGCACAGGUGGAGGUCAUAGUCGAGCGUUCAGCCUCCACACCUCAAGCUCCUCAGGUUACCGCAGAGGAACCUUCAAUAACCACCACAGCAGGCCAGACCGCUACCCUGCGUUGUUCAGCUACUGGUUAUCCCACUCCAAUUAUUCAGUGGUCUAAACUGCGGGCCCCAUUGCCAUGGCAACACAAGAUUGUUGAUGGAGCAUUGGUUAUUCCUCACGUAGGACUGCAGGACUCUGGCCAGUACAUCUGCAAUGCCUCCAAUUCUGCUGGAUUCAAUGAGCUCUUCAUAAUGCUGGAUGUCGAAACAACACCGUAUGCCACCUUUGAUGUCGAGACUGUCACCGUUCGUGUGGGUGAGAUUAUCCGGUUGCACUGCCUUUCCCAAGGAACCCCACCAAUCACAUAUGAAUGGUCUAAAGUAAAUGGAACCUUACCUAACCGGGCUAUCAAAGGCAAUGGAAUCCUGCAGAUUAACCUCGCCGUGGUGUCUGACUCGGGCAAGUACCGGUGUCUGGUGAAGAACAGAGUUGGUGAAAGUGAUGCGGUUGCAACAGUAAAUGUGAGAUCUCCCCCGGCUGCACGAGUAUCCCCACAGAUUGAGGUGAAAAACGUCGGUGGUACUGUGGAAUUCACCUGCUCCGUUAUUGGUCACCCAGCACCCAAGGUCGAGUGGUUGAAGGAGGGAGGUCGCCUGCCACCAAAUCACAAAAUCACAAAAGGAGUUUUGAGAAUUCACAACAUACAAGAAGGAAAUGAAGGAGUUUACAUCUGCAGAGCAUCUAACCAGUUUGGACGGGCACAGGACAGUGCCAAACUGGUCAUCCAAGCUCUACCCAUUGUCAUGAUAAACGUAAGAACAUCCAUGCAGAUGGUAAUGGUUGGUGGCUCAGUGGAAUUCGAAUGCCAAGCAAUCGGAGAUCCCCAGCCUUUCGUCCGGUGGAGUAAGGUGGAGGGAACAAUGUCGCCUGAAGUCCUUAUUCGGAAUGGAAUGCUGAAAAUUGAGUACGUGAAGGAAUCUGAUGCUGGACGUUACAGGUGUACAGCCACCAAUGAUGUGGGAUCUGUCCAGUCUGAGGUGGUUCUGUAUGUACAGACCGUUCCCAUGAUUGCCCCUCACCCAGAACUGAAAGAAGUUGCCAUCGGAUCCACGGCUGUUUUCCCUUGUCUAGCCUCGGGCUUCCCAGUACCAGAGGUGACCUGGAGUAAGCUGGAGGGAGACCUCCCCCCUGGGGCUUACGUUGAGAAUAACGUGUUGACCAUACCUUCUGCUGGCUCUGAACAUACUGGAACGUAUGUCUGCACAGCCACUAAUGAACAAGGAACUGAGACAGCCUACGCAAUGCUGAAAGUGCGAGAACGCAAGAUCCCAUACUUCACGCGACAUUCCUACAUUGCUGUGCCUACCAUAAAAGAUGCCUACCAUGAGUUUGAAAUCAAAAUAACAUUCCGUCCGGAUGCAGCUGAUGGUAUGAUCAUAUACAAUGGGCAAAAGAAGACAGCUGGAGCAGAUUUCAUCUCUUUUGCAUUAGUGGGAGGCAGACCUGAAUUCAGGUUUGACGUGGGAUCUGGCAUGGCUACCAUCCGCCAUCCAAAUCCCAUCAGUCUGGGAGAAUAUCACACCGUGGUGUUGUAUCGGAACUUAACUCAGGGCUCCCUGUUCGUGGACAACAAUCCUCCUACCAAUGGCAGCUCUCAGGGGAAUUUCCGAGGUCUGGAUUUGAAUGAAGAGCUGUAUGUUGGUGGAUACCUCAACUUCGAUAACAUUUCGAAAGUAACUGGAAGUAACAGUGGAUUUGUGGGUUGCAUCCGCCAGCUGAUCAUUCAAGGUGAUGAGGUGAUCUUCUCAGCUUCAGACCUGAAAGCCAAGGGAAUAUCCAACUGUCCUGUCUGCAAAGAUAAUCCUUGCAAGAAUGGAGGUCGAUGUGUUGACUCUGAGACCAGCAGCUAUGUGUGUCACUGCAGGGAAGGGUUUACUGGGAGCAAUUGUGAAUAUUCACAGGCUCUACACUGUCACCCAGAGGCCUGUGGUCCAGAUGCAACUUGUGUGAACAGACCGGAUGGCCUUGGUUACACCUGCCGCUGCCACCUUGGUAAAAGUGGGUCAAAAUGUAUGGAUGGUGUCUUGAUUACAGCUCCUUCCUUCAGAGGGGGUGAUUCCUUUGUGACAUAUCCACCACUGACAAAUGUUCACAAUGAGUUGACAAUUGAGCUGGAGUUCAAACCUCGCUCACCUACGGGCCUCAUGUUCUACAGCAGCGGGAAGAGGAUGAAAAUGAACGACUUCAUCUCUAUUGCCAUGCUCAAUGGGCAUGUGGAAUUCCGCUAUGACUUAGGAUCAGGACUAGCUAUUCUGAAGAGUGUCAACCCAGUGUCUCUCCACAAAUGGCACCGGCUAAGAGCAUACCGACAUGACAGGAAUGGCUCAUUGACUGUCGACAAAGAAGAAGAGAUCCGAAAUGUCUCUCCAGGGAAAAGCCAAGGCCUUAAUCUUCGAAGCCCUAUGUAUCUUGGUGGUGUGUCAAGGUCAGAGAUUCUUCCGAAAGCGAUCAAUGUAACAGAAGGAAUUGAUGGGUGUAUUGCCAAGGUGUCGAUCAAUGGGAAGAAAGUGGACAUCUCCUACACAUUUACUGAAAGCCAAGACGUGGAUCAGUGUUAUGACAACUCACCAUGUGACCGUGAGCCUUGCCAGAAUGGUGGAAGGUGUCUGAUGACUGGAGAGUACGAGUUUCAGUGCAUCUGCACAAGUGAAUAUCAGGGUGUACACUGUGAAAUUUUCCAGGACAGCUGUCUGGAGGGGAACCCAUGUAUGAACGGAGGGACGUGUGAGAAGAACCGGUGCCUAUGUCCCAUGGGAUACACUGGAUUAUACUGCCAGCAAGAUUCACCUGUGCAGUAUGGAGCUCUCUUCCACAGUGGGGGAUACAUCGUUCUACCAAAACAAAUGUUCUCACGCAGCUCCCCAUCUGCCCCUGAAACCAUUGAAAUGGAGGUUCGCACAACAGCACUCAAUGGCCUCUUGCUCUGGCAGGGUGUGAAACACGGGGAAAGUGGAAAAGGAAAAGACUACGUCACUCUGGGACUCCAGAACGGGCACGUGCUCUUCAGUUACCAGUUGGGAAGUGGUGAAGCUAAUAUUCUCUCAGAAGAUCCAAUCAAUGACGGGGAAUGGCAUACAUUAAUUGCUGUGCGCGAGGGCAAGUCAGGAUAUGUCCAAGUGGAUGGUGGCAAGGUUGUGCAAGGAGAGUCUAAAGGUGACAAGGUCAUGGUGAACACCAGUGGGAGCAUCUAUCUGGGUGGAGCUCCAGAUGCCAAAUACUUCACAGGGGGAAAGUUCACAUCUGGAAUUACUGGCUGCAUCAGGAAAGUGGUCCUUGUAAAUAAACGACCUGGACAACAUCGGGUUCAGCCGGUUGACCUGCGGGUUCACGCUGAGGGAGGUGUAAAUGCUGAAGAGUGUCAAUCGUAGACAUUCACAUUCACUGAAGGCAAAGUAGAGACUUCUGGGGAGAGGUGCUUUGCUGCUAUUAAAUUGGAUUGUUUUCUGUUCUUUAAUGCAGUCCAUUUUAACCAAAAAAUCAUUGCAAUGUCAUCUAAUUCUAUUCUGAUGAAUGAAGGUUUCGACGACUUAGAUUUUGUACUACAACAGCCAUACAAGAACACACGCAUUAUCCUUCAAGGCUGAUGAUCCUAUGGAUUUAGGUUGCUCUAGCACUGAAAUUUGGAACAUAGGUCAACAAGAACAACUAGGAAUCUCUCUGCUACUGAGGUCUCUGGGUUUUAAGGCACACUGGCCCCUUUUGUCUCUACUUAUUUAUUCCCAGUUAAUUUAAGGAAAAGGUUCACAAGUUGGAUACCUGAAAGUUUUGUGUGGAAGUAUUGAAUGGCUGGUCCUCAUAGGAGCUUUAUCAUUGUACAUGAAAUUUUAAUAAUCUUAAUUGGUACCAAUGGCAGCCAUUCCAACUGACAGAAGUAACAUGGUUAUCAACUCUUCAUUGUGUAUCACUGACUUACCAAUUGUUCAGCAAUGCUAAAAUCCAAGAUUGUGCUGAAGCUUGGCUCUGGAUCCUCUGGUAUAUAUGUUGGAAUGACAGGUAUUAAGUGCAGAAGGGUUUAAUAGUCAGAAGAAGAUGAUUUGGAUUGCAAAGAAGUAAUGUCAGUGAAGGAUUAGGAGCUGGUUUCCCAAUAGAGAUCGAGAAGUUGUGAGUCCAAAUUCCAAAUGAGAAAUAGAAUUAACUGUAUUUGUUAAUUGAUGUGCUGUAAACAGGUUCAGUUGUGGCUUUGGACCUUGUCAGAGGCUUCUUCAUCCAAAGGUCCUGACUGCUCUAUCUCUAAAGCCCUUUACAAAGGCACUCAGUUCAAGGCAGUUAUAGUUUUAAAUAAAGGAAUUUGGCAAAUACCAGAGUUUAAAUCAACAAACCAUUAAAGGACAUUGCCUUCAAAGUAUUUAACUAGCUUUUCAAUAGUUUAUAUGUAUGGGAUGAGCUGCAUUAACCUGCAAGACAAUGUGAUUAAAGCUUUGACACCAAGCUAUAGCAAUGUCCCUUCAACUCACACCUCAGACACUUGCCAAUCUUCUGAUUGUUUCGAUGUUAAUCACUUCCUUUAGAAAGCAAAAAGGGGAAAAUAAUCCAGCAAAAUGGAAUCUUCUGAAUCUUGUUCUCUUUGGGAGUUGUUUUAUUAGUAUAAGUGGAAAUCCUGAUCUGAAUAGGCUUUAAAGGGAGAAGUGUUUCUGUUUUUUAAGCGAGGUACAGUGAAUGCAAAGGGCAACAUUAAAUUCAGUAUUCAGAUCCAAUCUUCCAGACAGGAGAGCUGUUUUUGAACUGUUGGUAAGGCAUUGCCAUAUAUGUAGCAAGGAAACAAUGAACCUCAGCUACCAAAAUACCAUCCCCAAUUCAAAUGCAAGAAUAUGUUCAGACUAAAUGAAAGAUUGAAAUUUUAUUUUUAAAAGUGUUCCUGUUCUGAAUUCAUUCAUUAAUUAACUAGCCAUCUUGUGAACCUUUUGUGAAAAUUGUUUGCUGGAGACAUAAACAGCACAGUUUUAUAGUCAAUGCUUUAUUAGAACUACUGAUAUCUCUCGCUCUCUUGCUGUCUUCUCCUCCCUCCAUCCUGUCUUGCUCUCUCUCUCCCCCACCCCAUCUUCCUCCCUCCCUAAGACAAAGACACACGCAACAUAUGUUAGUACUUAAUAUUUAUCUGUUCAUUUAAUUAUAUGUACAGCAUCCUUUGAAUGUUAUUGUAAUAUUUGAUCAUUUUCUGUGUUUCUUUUAAUCAAAGGCAUUCUCUUCCAUUAAUUGCAGUAUUAAUGAGAGCUGAUUCCUCAAUUAGAGAAUCAGUAUUUCAGCUACCAAUUUAAUAGUAUGUUACUAUAAAAUUCAGCAGAUUUGCAGCAACACUUUGAUUUUGUGUGUGCGUGGAAAGCCAUAAAGAAUUAAUAAUCUUACUCUUGUUAAAAUAGAAUAAUUUAUAAAGGCUUCAUUUUUCUUCGCAUUGUUGCUUGUUAGUGAGAUGCCUAUGGCUUCACAGUAGAAAGUUUCAGUAAUUAAUUUUCAUUCUGAUUUAGAAAGAUAUAUAUGAAGAAUUCCACUCCUAUAUUACAUCACUUUCACUUGAGCACUAAUGCUGCAGGCUAGAAAACAAGACUCACUUCCAUGGUCACUUUGAAAUGCUUCCUGGAAACUAAUUUCACUUCUGAUCCAGUAAACCUUCUUAGACAGAUGUUAUGUUUUAUUUUAAGUCAAUCUGAUGAGCUGACAGGUGGGACAGGGUUGGAAAAGGAGGGUUCCUAAAGAUAAAAGUAAGAUGUACCUGGGUCAAAGUCACUCUUCACAAAUCAUUGGAAGCCUAUUUUUUGUUGGCAGGUGAUACUGGCUGGUUCCAGAGUAAAAGCAGCAACAUAAUACAAACUUUCAACAAACAAACAAUAGUUUAAAAUGCUUUCCUAUAUUCUCUCACUGGGGAAGUAAUUCAUGUCUCCCCAGACAUUGUUACACAGAUAUGUAAAAUGCAACUUCUAACGAUUUUAAGCAUUUUGUUUAGCCAUAUUUUGUUAAUUUGAUUUCUUAGUUCCACUGUGGUUAAAGUGUACAGUGAAGCUGCCACAUGGAUAGGUAGUGUGUGGUAUUUGAUACAAUCAGGUGCUCUACGUGUGUUGAAAGGCAUCAUUUACUUUCAACACUUGGUCCCAGUUAAACUGAUGCAAUAAUUCUAUACUUUCUCACUGUGAUUUACCAUAAAUUUGUUGGCGGACUGGCUGCAGCCAGUGAGUUUGUAUAUUGUGUGUGGUACUUGUAGGUCAGUCCCUAUAACCAAACAAUGAAGAGAAAAUGUGAAUCAAGCAGAUAGAAGCCUGUGACUUUUAAGCAGAUUGAUUCCUUGUCUUUUUUAAAUAUGGAAAUGGGAGCAUUCGUCAUCCUCCAAAGCAUUCACUGGCAGAACUAAUGAUAAUUCUAACAGCCCGACUAGCCAUAUCCACAUUCUGUUUGUUGUAUUAACCCACUAAACAACUUUGAAGGAUAUACAGUAUUUUUAUAUGAUAAAGGCCUUGCAAUGUAGAUUGUUACAUCAAUUUAUAGUCCAUUUUGGAGGUGUUUUAGUGACCUAGGCAAUGGGAAGUAAGGAUAAAACUGAAGUAUUAAUUGAUAAUCUUUUCAAAGUUGAACAAAGUAAUCUCCAUACUUCCAGGCUUCUUUAAUUUGGAGUCAGUGUGAAUGUUAUUAAACAGUAAUUUAAUAGAGACAGUGAAAACCCAGUUGGUGGUCCAGAUGCACAAUAUAUUUAAAACUUCCUCUAUCAAAGGCAGGAACUGCUGCAAAGUUGUUAAACAACACAGACUGAGAGACCUGGAUUCAAGUCUGUUCUCUCCCAACCUGUCUCGAGAAACAUUCUUUUACUUAAGGGAAGGCUAAAGGUUGAGGAAAUUUAUUUAGUGUAGAUAAUGUGGUAAGUGCAGAUGCAGUUGACUUUAUUUCUGAAUCAUUAUGACUCUAUGACCAUCCCUUUAGCGUUGAGAGACAGUGCUGUAAAGCACACUGAAUGGCCAUUGAAGUUUUUACUUCCAGUAGACAAAGUAUUCGCUGUUUAAUAGCUUAAGGUAUCCCAUAAAACAGAAGUCCAGCAUGAGAAAUUUCUGGACUCAACACUGUUAGCCUCAAGAUGGAAAACUAUAUGAACUAUUCAAAAUAAAAAGAAAAUAGACUUAUUAAAAUUUGGCAGAUUUGAAAUAGUCUGUCUUCCACUCUGCUGCAGCUUGGCCAUAAAAACAAUUUAUAUCUCUAAAGUUAUUAUGCAUCUAACUCUUCUUGCUCCAUUGUUUUCCCCAAGCCAAAUCUGGCAACAGCUUGGCUUUCCAUGGUAUUGUGCUUUGAUCCAGGUGUCCACCUCUGUCUCUACAGCCCAUCAGUGUACUGCACCAUUUACUAUCAUCACCUCAACAGUUUACAAGCAAGGAGAAGCCAUCAGACUUAAAUCUGAUGACAGUCAUUCACGCCACACUGUUGUUUUACAUAGUCCGGUUCCAUCAGUUACACCCAGCUCCUACAUCGGGAGAGAAAUCUCAUUCCAUCACUGAUUGUUCCUGUAACCUGUUAGAAAGUCAUAGACACAGAAACAGACUAUUCCAGCCUGCUUUUCUGCCUAGAACUAUAAAUUUGCACCCAGACGGUAGCAGUCCAAAUCUCCUCAUCCAUGUACCCACCUAUCCAAACUUCUCUUAAAUGUGGCAAUUAAAACAGCAAUUAAAUUCCUCCCUCAGGUUCCACUUUGCUUUCUAAUUCUCGUCUCAUUCAACCUUGGGGGAAACGCCUGCAUGCGUUAACCCUUUCUACACUGCAUAUAAUGUUAUAUACCUUUAUAAGUUCUCCACUCAUUCCUCUACUCUCCAAGGAAUGAAGUCCCAACCCAUUAAACCAUCCCCUAUAACUCAGUCCCUCAAGUCCCAGCAACAUGGUCGCAAAUUUGUAAAUUUUCUCUGCAUUCUUUCAAGCUUAUUGAUACCUUACCCAUAGGGAGGUGACACAAAACUCCAAAUUUGGCCUCACCAGCAUCUUGUACAACUUCAACAUAACAUCCCAACUCCUGAAUUCAGUGUUCUGAUUUAUGGUCAAUGUGCCAAAAGCUCGAUUUAUUACUCAAUCUGCCUGUGUCCUCUCUACAGUGCCUUCAACUCUACAAUCCACCUACACACUAGGGGCAAUUUAGAGUCACGUAACUCAAUGACCUGCAUAUCUUUGGAAUGUGGGAGGAAACUAGAGCCUCAAGGAAAACCCACCCUGUUAAAGGAAGAAACACAAAUUCCUUACAGAUAUCACCACGAAGCAACUAAAGUCAGGGGAGAUGUAGGCUAGCCUGGUAAAAUAUGUGAAUAGGGAAGGAAUAGAUUUUUAAAGAGUUUUUAAGUUUCUCUACUUUGGAUUAGGUUAAUCUCUGGCUCAGUUCUAGCUAAUGAUAGAGCAAGUAGCUGACUAGCUGAAGUACUAUGGAAAACAAGCAGAACGUUGUGAGAACUGUUACUCUGAGUUUAGCAACGGUGGCCCUUGAUUUUUUUUUGCAACACAUGAUUCUAAUGUUGGACCUACCAAACUGCAAUUUUCAUGGCUCAUUCCAAGGUAAUGAGCCAGCUUCAGAUCUAUCCAUUUACUUCCCAAAUCACCACUUCUUAAUUUUGGACCAUCAAGUACAAAACUCCUACCUCAGUCACUGUGACAAGCGAGCACGGGAUGUGCACAAGGUGCUAACAGUCAUCUUUCAGGUUUUUAUCUGAGGUGUCCCAUUUUACCAAGAAUCAGUUACUUGUCAGUUUAAAAGUGUUCAGAAAUCAUUGCAUCCUUGGGCAUUUAUAAAGAGAAAUGCCCUGGAAAAAGUGCUCCUCGUGAUUAGAAAAGAUUCACUUUGGAGUGCAAUGAUAAAUAGGAUUGCGGAAAUUGUGGCAGAAACAGAGAGUAGGCAUAAGCUAUCUUUUUUUACACACAGCAAUAUAUUUGUUUAUUACAUCAGGGAAAGCAGAACAGGCAUAAAAGUGUAGCACAUCUGUACAAAGCUGUCACAGAGGGGUUGUAACAGUCUGGGUGGCAUGGCCUGGUGAGAAAAGUAACUGAUAAAGAGUUCAGAACUGUUUUAAGAUGUUUUUAAAAUAGUCCUGGCAACUAUAUAUCAAAAAUGCCAAUUGUUUGGUGCUUAAGCAGGUUCCUUGGGAUUUCCAUUUGAACCUACCAUUGCUGUCUGUGUUCAAUGCAUUUUAUUUAAACAAUAAAAGCUUUUUAAUUCA